CUUCAUCAUCAGCAGUAACUCUGAGAGAAAUAUCUGUCCACAUUCAAAGACAAACUUUAUUUAAAGUAUCAACUAUAUAUAUAGGAGAAUAGGCAGAUUUACAGAGGGAUGGAGGCAUGGCCAGAUGCAAGUCUGAAGUGUAGGCGUGAACCAUAAGCGCUCUAAAACAUGGGAUCACAUAACUUAGAGUGCCCUGCGACAGUAACCCUCACUCCAGAAAACUUCAAAUGUGUGCAGAAUUUUUUUUUUUUUUUCUGCCGGACAAAUAGUAAACUCUUCCACAACAUCUGUGACAUUACUGGGAACGCAAAAACACACAACGGGCUAUUCUACAACAGGCUACACAGCAAUGGCUGUGCACAACGCAGGCAGUCAUCCUGUAAAUAUUUCCGAGCAGAAAAACAUAACAGUGGAGCGAACACUCAAUUGUUUUCCCUGCUUAUCUCUCUGGGACAGUAUCCUGCUUUUUUGAAGGCAGGGCUUUCGGUGACACACAGCUUCCUUCUCAACCUUCUCAACAGUGGUGACUUCACUUCCCAAAUUUAGAGGAAAGAAAAAACUCAAUCCGGUAAAAGUGUCUCUUUCUCUCCGCCACAUACCGGGGGCUGGAAUUAAUUCAGGAGCGUGUCAUGUUUGGGAUAUUGUCGAGGUCCGCUGAAAAUUGCGCAAAAUGGACGGAACUAUUAAGGAGGCGCUAUCAGUGGUGAGUGAAGACCAGUCCUUAUUUGAGCCUCCAUACGCUGCUGCUGCCCCUCUCCCCAAGACAGACAUGACUGCAUCUGGCACACAGGACUAUGGCCAGACCCACAAAAUCAACCCGUUGCCCCCACAGCAGGAGUGGAUCAACCAGCCAGUGCGGGUCAACGUCAAGAGAGAAUAUGAACACAUGAAUGGAUCCAGGGAGUCUCCAGUGGACUGCAGUGUGGGUAAAUGCAAUAAGCUGGUGGGGGGCAACGACACAUCUCAGAUGAACUAUGGAAACUACAUGGAUGAGAAGAAUGCCCCUCCCCCCAACAUGACCACCAAUGAGCGGAGAGUCAUUGUACCUGCGGACCCAUCAUUGUGGUCCCAUGACCAUGUGCGCCAGUGGCUUGAGUGGGCCAUUAAGGAGUACGGCCUGUUAGAGAUUGACACAGCCAUGUUUCAAAACACGGAUGGCAAAGAGCUGUGCAAGAUGGGAAAGGAUGACUUCCUGCGGCUCACCACCAUGUACAACGCAGAAGUGCUUCUCUCUCAUCUCAAUUACCUCAGGGAAAGUAGCUCAUCAUUAUCCUACAAUACACCAUCUCACACGGACCCAUCCCCACGCCUGGCUGCCAAAGAAGACCCUUCAUAUGAUGCUGUACGGCGGACAGGAUGGUCAAACAACAUGCACAGUGGCAAAGGCUCACCGGUGGUGACUCAGAAUGUGACCAAGUCUGCUGAGCAGCCCAGAGCUCAGCCAGACCCCUACCAGAUUCUGGGUCCCACCAGUAGUCGCCUAGCCAAUCCAGGUUCAGGUCAGAUCCAACUGUGGCAGUUUCUCCUGGAGCUCCUGUCUGACAGCGCCAAUGCUGGCUGCAUCACCUGGGAAGGAACCAAUGGCGAGUUCAAGAUGACAGACCCCGAUGAGGUGGCGCGGCGCUGGGGUGAGCGUAAGAGCAAGCCCAACAUGAACUAUGACAAGCUGAGCCGUGCGCUGCGCUACUACUAUGACAAGAAUAUCAUGACCAAGGUGCACGGCAAGCGCUACGCCUACAAGUUCGACUUCCACGGCAUCGCUCAGGCACUGCAGCCACACCCCACCGAGUCCUCCAUGUAUAAGUACCCCUCGGACCUAGCCUAUGUGCCUUCCUACCAUGCCCACCAGCAGCAGAAGGUCAACUUUGUAUCCCCACAUCCUCCAUCCAUGCCCGUCACCUCCUCCAAUUUCUUUGGACCCACUGCUCCGUACUGGAGCUCACCCACUGCGGGCAUUUACCCCAACCCAAACAUUCCCCGCCACCCCAACACCCAUGUGCCGUCUCACCUGGGUAGCUACUAUUAGAUAUCCCACUCUGACCAUCCAUCCAUCCAUCACACUCUUAAGUUUCCCUUUUCCCCACAAUAAAGUCCACAAUUGCUGACCUGCACUCCCAAUGACACCAAACCAAUGAAGACUGAAUCAAUAGAGGCAUUUGGCCUCCGAAGAGAUUUUGCUCCUGAAUGAAGGAUGAUAAAUUGAAGGAUUUUUUUGUUUAUUUGUAAGAAUCUAUAAACAACUGGAUGCUAUGGUCCAAAAUGGAAUACUACUUACCUUUACAAGACUAGCAACUGUUUGUUUAUGUUUUUUGGAUGUGCAUGUGAGUUUCCUACGCCUUUCUCUUUGUCAUUGACAAUUUGUCAAUUGUCAUUGAUUUUGUCAUUGUUCAGAAAGUUGCACCUACAGGUGUCCUUUCCAGAACCUUCCCAAGCCAAAGCCUGAGGACAGGAACGACUUGAGUCUGUCUGCCUCCUUGCCAUGCUAAAGUACCAGACAUGGGCCUAUUAUUUAUGGGUCUCAAUCUACAUCCUCCUCAGUACAUUAUGCUUUAAAUCAUCAACCUUUUCCACUCAUCAAUAGGCUUAUUAGGUUUUCUUAUUCCCAGCACAUCUAGCCUUUUGUUUCUGCUGUCUCUUUCUGCUCAUCUGCUUGUCUGCAUCAUUUUAUGUGUGUGUGGAGAGUCUUCUGGAAUUCGCUGGACAAGGAGGAUCUCUCAAAGAGAUGGACUUUUCUCAGCACUGAAUGAAAUUUGGCAACUGGAAUAUGCCAUUCACAAUUUAAUUUAUCCUCCAAACUGGAAGGCUAGAGAAGAGUUAAAUGCUGGAGAAGGAAGCGCUGUAUGUUUUGCUGACGUGGGUCAACUCAGUUUCUUAAAAAGCUUUCUGUGUAUUGUGUGUGGAGUUCAAGAUGGCCGAUGUGUGCAGUUUACUAGACUGUGCAAGGGAACCUGAGUCAACAUGUAAUUGAAGUAAUUUGCAACAAUAAUUCAAGCCAGGUCAGAUGUUUUCAGGGGCCCACACAAUAGGCUAUUAAAUGUUGAUGCUUUUCAGCCAUGCCAUUUCCAGAUGUUUUGUUGCUCAACCAUGUCAGUAUUAAUGUGAAUGUCUUCUGGUUUGUGAGAGGGAUUCCCUUCAGCAAAAUCAAAAUUUGUCAGAUAUUUUCCAUUCCUUUAAUGAAAAAAAUUCAUUCCUUGGUUCAUUUUUUGGGGAAUAAGAUUGUAUAUUGUUAGGAUGUUUUUGUUUUUGUUUGUCCAAAGUGCCUUAUUGUGCCACAAAGACAUCCAGUUUAAGUAUAUGGCAUAAUAAGAAGCCUAACUCUCACAGUGCCUUAACUGCUGUUUAAUACCAUGUAUUUUCUAUUCAUUAUAAACAGAACAUCAUUACAUCUUAAAAUUCAUAGCAGGAUACAUAAUCAGCAUCUCAGUGUCUCAGUGGAAAUCUGACAAUUUUUGAUUUUGAAGUGCACUCUGACAAUCACAGCUGCCAUGAUGCCUCAUUCUUCUUUGCAGGCCAGUUAGGACUGUAUAGGUCAGCACAGAGAAGUGGUGUAGCAGUAAGUCAUGUUAAUAGACAGUUAAGUUGCAUUUUACCAGGGCUGGAUCCUAGUUUGAGAGCAGCAUGUGCAUUUGAAUGUUUCUCACUGAUCUUAAACCCAGCAAAAUGCACAUGAAUUUCAAGUCAAGAUUUCAGUAUCAUGUAAUAGUACCAUGUCAAAACAUAUCCAUCUUCAGGUGUUCAAAGCUGUUAAUAGCAAAAGUAUUUCUUUAGAAAAUAAAUUACUUGGGACUAAGAAGUUCAUCAGAGAACAAAACCAUUGACGUAUGACGAGAUGAAACAAAAAAAAUCCUCAGAUUCGCAAACGCUGUGCGUUUGUCAGACCUAUUUUGUAUUAUUUUAUAAGCAUCAAACAACUAGGCAUUAAAGCAACUUACUGUAUAAAUUAAGCAGAGUUAUUUUCAUAUGUGACACAGUAUAAAAAAUCAAAAGAAUUAAUACGAGUUGACCUCGGUCAAAAAUGCAAGCCUUUAAAGUCCAUUUCUGCUAAGUAGUUUGUUCAGCAUUUUAAGCGUUUUUAUAUCUGUACAUUUGGGCAAUACAUUUUAACAUUUUUGUUUUCCUUUAGUUGUUAUUAUUUCUGAAAUUUGUUUGUAACAUCCUAAGUGCCUUUAUGCACGCAAGGUAUUUUCUUGUAUUCCCAAAACCACAAAUGCCUGCUUAAAUCAUAAUCCAGUAGCCAGGGAUUCCUUUACUCUACACGCAACAUAUAUUUAUGGAUCUUUUCCAUUGUGAAUCAUCUUUUAUGCCAAACAGCCCUGGAAUUGGUGGCUUUUCCAGCGCAUUAAAGAAUUUCAGGUAUUUUUAUGCAAAAUAAUACAAACAGUAUUCAUAUCCACAACCAGCUUCUCUUGAAAAAUUAUAGCUUUAUGAAAAUGAAUAAAAAGGGAACAUAUAAUUUGUAGCAUAAAGAAAUGAUUCUAAUGUACCCUUAACUUCCAUGUUUCACAAGCAUUAUCAACGAAAAGGGAUCUGUGCUACUUCGUAUAUACAAUGUAUUUUGGAUAUUAAAUAUAUAUAUAUGUGUAUAAUUUUACAAUUAACCAUUGUAUUAUUAUUAUUGUCAUUCCUGCAAUGUAUGAAGUAAUACCUUUUGAAAAAGGGCUUUUGUAUAGGAAAAUGUGACAAAAUAAAUGUUUUUACCUCUCAAACUUUCCAUUGCAUGCCUGUGGCUUCGCCAGAGUGUCGGGACAGAUGAAAAUACGGUCAGCUGUAUUUUUCAUCAGGACAUUU